CUGCUGGGAGCUGCUGCUAUCUUUAGAGCGGCCGCGGCGGCUUAUCAGCGGCUGGGACUCAGAGCGGACCUGUUGACGGGUGUUUGCGGUGGAUUUAGGGUUAGAACUCCGGUCCGUGUGGCGGAGAGGGGAUGGGGGAGUGAGUGGCGGUCUCUGGCUCUGUUUACCGGUAGGAGCGUGACUCGAGGAUGCUGCUUCCCCGCCGAGGCGAGGGGCUGCCCGGGGCCUGCAGCCUCCCCGCGCUGCUGCUGCUCUGCCUGAGCCUCGCUGCGGUUACCGCCAGUGUUCCAGUGAACAACUGUCCUGACCACAUAGACUGUGCCAGAGUGGGCCGGCACUUCUGCACACAUGGUUCCUCCCACUGUGGACCCUGCCUUGCCCCGCUGGAGGAGGAUGAAACCGGGCACUGUGUCUCCCCAAACAAACGUCAUCUUCAUGAUAAAGAGACUCGUCGUCCUGAUCUUGAUGAAGAAAUCGACUACUUGUCUUCGAUUAUCGCCAAGCAACAAACGUCAGAUAUCAGAAAGCCAGUCUCUCUUUUGCGGCCUGCUCUCCAGCUCCAGGCAGAGGAAAAGAGCAGUCAGUCCAGAUCGAUGAGCGCGUCUCAGUACACUACAGCUAAACCAACCACCCACAGCCCUUCAACCUCAGCUCAACCUCACACCUCUAAAACCACUGAGCCUCACACUGACUCCUCAGGCCGGGGAAAACCCAUCGCUGUUCCGUUACCCAGGGACAGCUUACUCGUCAUACUGAUGUCUGUGUGCAUCAUCAUUGGGACUGCGGCUCUGAUACUGGCUGCUGUGUGCUGGGUCAGGUUACAGAGAGAAGCUCGAUUGGCUCAGAAAGUAGAUUACCCUGCAAAUCCCGCCACAGCCACCAGCUCUUCCACAAACGCCUCAUCAGGGGACAAAAAGCUAGCUCACAGUGCCCAGAUGUAUCACUACCAACAUCAGAAACAACAGAUGCUCUCCAUGGACAAACACAAAGCUGAACCUAAAGUGUCUGAGUCUGGAGCCACGUCAGACGAGGAGACUGAAGGAGACUUUACUGUAUACGAGUGUCCAGGUCUCGCCCCGACUGGUGAGAUGGAGGUGAAGAAUCCACUGUUUGAUGAUUCCAGUCUUCACCGUGAGAGAAAUCACAAGUGACCUGGAUGCUGACAGAUACAUACACUGACUAACACACACACACGCACACACACAUACACAUACACACAGGACAUGCUUUUUAAGUAAAAAAAAAAAAAAAUCAUAUAACCAAAAAAUAUAGCUCCGGUUGAUCUCGCAAGUAGGCCUGUCACAAUAAGACAUGUUUGAUAUAUUGUCCUACAAAGUAUUGCAAUAAAUGAUACUGAAUGAUACUGAAUGAAUUUUAGGAAACUGAUAUUAUAGUAAUACUUAAACAUAGCACAAUACUGGAAUGAUAACAUUUAAAUGGCUAAUAAUUUGGAAGAUAAAUAAUAAUAGUUUGCUGUAAUCCACUCAGUCUAUGAAGUCAUCAUUACACAUUGGGCUAAAAUACACACAUGCAAGUAAACACAAAGGGUGAUGCACCAGAUCAUAUUAAUUUAUUGUACAAUAAUAAUGUAAAUAUUGUGACAGGCCGGCCUGCAAAGAUUCUCUGUCCGUCUCACAAACACACACACACACACACACACACACACACAGAGGAAGUUGUUACUUCAUGUCCCGUAUCAGGCUAGCCCUCCAGAUCAAAUGGGACAGAGAGGACAUCCUUAAAGCUAAAAGAGGAUGAAGAAUGGAUAAAAAAUAAAAGCAGCAGAUGGAAAUGAACUUUUUCUUUCAGUACACGAUUAUACAGAUUUUAAUGAACACUGUGGACUCAGACGACAUCUCUGCAGGGCUCAUCCCUCUGUUCUCCUCUCGUUCCACUGGUACUGCUCUAAACUCCUGCUUUAUUUUAAUUACACCCUUCCUCUCUCUCUCUCUCUCUCUCGCUAUCUCUCUCUCCCUCUUUAUCUCUCUCUUUCUCUGUUGUAAUAAUCUCUCUUCAAUCUUUGUCGAAAUUACGUUGAAUUAUAAUUUUUUUGUUUUUGUUUUAUGAAUGUUCUUCACCUUGCAUUGUGAAGCUGCCUCCCAAAGCUCUUAUCUGAAUGUGAUUGGUGCGAUGGUUCAGUAAGCAUGUGUAAUGAGUACACAGUGUGAACUCUCCUGAACUGCAUCUCCUUUACAGUUUCAUAAAAUAAUUCAGUCUCUUCCUCGCAGAUUUUUUUUUUUUUUUUUUUGCUGAUCUAUUGAUCUCUUUAUCCACCUUAUUCUGCAUUCCUACAAAGAGGGGGGAGGGGGGGGCAUUUGUAUACUUUGUGUUGGAACAGCUCUAGACCACUAAUAAGCAGUAUCUCACAAAGUGAGUACACCCCACACAUUUUUGAAAAUAUUUUUCUAUAUAUUUUUUAAUGUGACAUUUUAAUACAAUGUAAUGUAGUUACAAUGUCACAGUACAUCUUGAAAUUCAUGACAGCACUUAUGCAGCCCCAGACCAUGAUGCUACCACCACCAUGCUUGACUGCAUGCAAGACAUACUUGUCUUGGUACUUCCCACCAGGAUGCUGCCACACAUGCUGGAAAUCUUCUAAAACAAAAUAAGUUUAUGGCUACGUUCACACUACCAGGCUAAAGUGACUCAAAUCUUAUUUUUUGCUCAAUGUGGCUCAGAUCAGAUUUUUUCAUGGCUGUGUGAAUGAGCUGAAUCCAAUUUUUUUAAUCAGAUUUGAGUCACUUUCAUAUUUGGUCCUAAAUCAGAUUCGUAUUUGAUCUUGAAUGUGCGACAUAAUUGUGAACGGUCAAAUCGGAAUUCAUGCGUCUUUUUGCUUUUACGCUAUGCUACGUGCUUCUCUCUCGUAUCCACAACACAGCUCUUGGUGCAGCUGUGCAGCUAUGGCUGUAAAAACAGCAAAAGCAAACCGCCUGGCCUUUUUUCUCCUCCUCAACCUGAGCAUGAACUUCAGACCAGCUGUUUACUGUUUCUCCACUCCAGCAAAAGAUGCUCCACAUAUGAGCUGCUAACGAACACAUCCAUUUCCCUUUACAAAGCUACGAGUCGUCUCUCGAAUGAGUUUUUUUGUUGUUUGUGAAGGUGACGUUUAUACACAUAUCAAUGUGUGCAUGUGAGAUGUUUCAGGAAUGUUUCAGAUCCGUUCACAGGUCACUUACCCAGUGUUUUCCCAUAAAAAGUUUAAAAAGAUAUGGCGUUAGCUGUGUGAAUACGUACCAAAUACGUAUGUUCUGAAUAAUUGUAAAUUAGAUUUAAUCUACUGCUGUUGUAAUGUUGGGUUAGCAUAGCUAGCUACUUUAUGAUCAGUGUCCACAGCGGUCACUACUUCAGACUGCACUCACUUUAAAUAUGACACGCCCAAAAACCAUUUAAUAUGAACUGACCGGAAAUUUCAACACAAAUGCAGAUGAAUCUCUUUAAAGUGGGCGUGGCAGAAUAAGAUGGAUAGGACUGAACUGCACUUUCUGCUCAUUUCCUAUAAUUCCUUAAUGCUUCUCUCAGGUUGUAUUUAAAGGCUUGGAUGAAAGCUCUCUCUCUCUUCUCUUUCUGUCUCUGUUUUGUCUACCUCUCCCUUUCACUGAUGUUCUAAACUUUUAUUAUUUGUUAUGUAGGCUACUAUUCAAAUAGAAUAAUGAUCAUUUUAAUUCAUUUUAAUGUAUGUAUAUCUCAUUGGGGUAUUAAAUACUUCAAGUUUUAUUAGUAUGAAUAAAAUAAUUUACCUGUAGAAAAAA